AUGGCCUCACCACAGCAAUGCCUAGACCAUUUAAUCCUCUUCGUCCCAGCCAACCCAACCACGAAACUACCUGAAGUGCCACCGUUCUUCUCGAACAACUUCACACUCACUCCAGGAGGUUUCCACGCCGAUGGCGCGACAUCGAAUACCUUGAUCCUUCUUGUGGAUGGAUGCUAUAUCGAGCUCAUCUCCUUCAUUAAUCCCUCUCUCGCACCUGAGCAUUGGUGGGGCCCGGACGCCAACUUCAUGGGCUGGAAAGAUUGGUGCUUAACAAAUUCUCUUACGCCGGAGAAAAAUUACGAGGCAGUAAAGGGCAGCCAUUCAGAGCCGAUCAGAGGCGGGAGAAAGAGAGCUGAUGGUGUUGAUGUAGCCUGGGCUGUUACCUUUCCUGAGGGAGAGAAGGGCGGGCAGAACAUCAGAGGCAAGGUCCCGUUCUUCUGCCACGACAUCACGUCUCGUGAUAUUCGUGUGCCGCUUGAUGAGGCGAAGACGACGCAUCCGUGUGGCGUGUUGGGUGUUAGACAACUUAGCAUCAUCAUGCGGGAUCAGGCUAUGCUUGAAGAGACAAAGACUGUGUACGAAAGCAUGAUUGGCCAUGCUAUGAAGGAAACAGGCGGCGAAGUCAGAUUCUUGCUUGGACGCGUGCAGGAGGUUGAGAAGCUCAAUGGUGGAGCGGAGAUUGUGCUACGUUUGCCAAAGAAUGAGGAGGAGCGGGGAAACGUCAAGAAACGGGGAUUCUGGUAUGGAGAUGUUGUUCUCGCAACGAAUGCGCAACCUGGAAAGACUGGAAGUUCUAGGGAGAGGCUGGAUAGCGAUGUUGGCGGGGUUUGGCUAGAGUAUUCUUGA